GUUUGCGUGCCCACCAUGUGCACCAGCAUCUACGCAACCGGUCGGUACAGACGGCGACACAGCCACCGAGUAACGACGCCCGGAAGUCUACGGUGGUGGAUGACGGUGGGCAUUGCCUGUGCCCUUGUGCUACUGGCCACCAUCGGAAGUGUUGUGCGGUGUCAAACGUUUAUACGGCGAACGGCCAACGUUUGUCGCACGGACGAUGAAUGUCCGGUGCAGGCAUACUGCGAACGGUACAACUCGGUCCACGAGUAUGGCGUUUGUUCGUGCAUGGCCGGUUACUUUGCCGUGACAGACAAUAAUAACACGCGUCGAUGCUUGAGAGCUGCAACUGAGAUCGGCGACUACUGUCUACACAACGACCAGUGUCAGUAUACGCUCAGCACGGGCAACUCGGAAUGCCGGGAUAAUUCCUGCCAAUGCGUCGACGGUGCGCACUACGUCGAGCGGGAAAAGCGUUGCUACAAGACGAGCUUUCUGGGCGAAUACUGCCGCCUGACGAACAAUUGCAUCGGCAACGAUACGUACUGCCGGGAUGGGAUCUGUGUGUGCACGCCGGGCAAACAUCCAAACACGGACCGCAACAGGUGCCUGCACGAUGCCAAGCUAGGGGAUCAAUGUUUCCGGGACGAGGAAUGCGUAACGGAUAAUUCACGCUGUUCGCAGGAGAUUUGUACGUGCCGCGUCAGUCACGUGCUAAACGAGCAGCGGAAUCGUUGUUUACCCAUUGCGAGCAAAAUCUACGAUCUUUGCGAGGAAAAUAUUCAGUGUCUGUACAACAUUCCCCACUCGCAGUGUCGCAUCACGACCGGUACGGACGGUAUAACGGCGGGACGAUGUACCUGUGCGAGUCGAUUCCACGAGGCAGGAUUUAAAUGUGUUUCUUCGGUGCAUCUGAAUGGAAUCUGUGAAGUGAACGAUAAUUGUGUCGAUCGAGAUACGGCUUGCUUCCAUGGACGCUGUCGCUGUAUCGAUCAUAUGAUCGAGGUGGAUGGUAUCUGUUCCGGUAGCUCCACGCUGAAGCGCGGCAGCAUACUGUUUGGGUUGGCACUGCUCAUCCUGCGAAACUGUCGCGGUGGCUUCAGCUGA